UUUGAUAAUGACAACGUUAACCACCCCAAAACAUAGAGCUAAUUUUCCAUAUUUCUGCCCACUGCAGGGGAAUUUCUGUACGUCCUCAAUCGCUUGCGAAGGCAUUACUCAAGAGGAGACGCAAUGGACAGUCGCUGUUACGGCUGUGCAUCAAAGUUUAGUCUCUUCAAGAAGGAGCUGGGCUGUAAGAACUGCGGACGCUCCUUCUGCUCCAGCUGUUUGAGUCUCAGUGCUGUGGUGCCUCGCUGUGGCAACACCCAGCAGAAAGUCUGCAAGCAGUGUCAUGGUAAUCUCACAAGAGGGGAAUCUUCAGACAAUGCUGGAAGAUGGUCCCCUCCAGAAAACUACAAAAAACGGGUUGCUGCACUUGAGGCCAAACAAAAACAGCAGUCCACACAGCCUGGUGUGCAUGGAGGGAGCAGAAAUGGCAAAUCGGUCCAUUUACCAACCAAAGGGCUUAGUAAAGAAGACUAUGCUAUUGCUGAGAGGCUUCAAAAGCUAAAAGAAGACACCAAACCAAAGUCUAUCCCUUCUGAAAAGGAGAUUGAGUCACGUCUUGCUGCUCUGAAAACUCCCAGCCAGCCAGUGCCUUCUUCAGACGAUAUGGAGGAUCGCCUGGCAGCUCUGAGGGGUCAGCCACCUCCAUCUCAAGCUCCUCGACCAGUACACCAGUCUCCUGACAUCAGGACUCAAACUGAAAAAGCGAAUGAUUUGAUUACUCAGAUGGCAGAAGAAGUCGCCAUUGAUGAUCAACAGUCAAGUCCAGAAGAUAAUAUGAACGAUCUCAACAAAGGUGAAAGUGCUGCUUCAGACGAGAACCUGGAGGACGACCAGGGAGCAGUGAGACAGCAGGAGGCAGAGAAAGACCGCCUGCUUGAAGAAGCCAUGAAGGAACUGAAGAGGGAGAAAUAUUCCCAGGAUGAGAUCCUUCACAUGGCCAAGAGGCUGGCACAGUUAAAAGGCCAGGAUCCAGAUAAAGUCACAGCAGAGGAUUUCAGACAACCUGACAGUGAAGAAGAGACUGAGGAAGAAGCUGUGAGGAGAGUCCUGAAACAGCUUUCAGAAGAAGCUGCACUCGAUGAAGCCAGUGGCUACAACAUACCUAUAGAGCACAGCGGACCCCGGAACAGAGAAAAAAAGAAAACCUCUAAAAAACCAACUCCUGCCCCGACAAGCCGAACUUCUCCUGCUGCUGCUGCACAUCAACCGUCAGACAGCGACGACGAAGAACUUCCCUGGUGCUGCAUCUGUAACCAAAACGCCACCCUGCGUUGCCACACCUGUGACGGAGACCUGUACUGCAGCCGCUGCUUUCGGGAAGGCCAUGAUAAAUAUGACAGGAAGGAGCAUCACACCAGUAGCUACACUGCUCCGAAGAAGAGGAGGAAGACAUGAUACUAAAGAUGUUCAUCUUAUUAAACUCUGACCUUUCAUAGCUGUAGGACUUGCUCUUUAGCCUCAGAUAGAGUAUUGCAGUAAUUUAAAACCGCUUUAUGAGAAUUGAAAACACUACUAUAAACCGGAGCUCAUCAUAACAAAUUAACUUGCAGUGCCUAGCUUAAGGAUUAGGAAACACCCUCUGGAGAGUUUACAGUUUUUCAUGGCACAACCACAAACUUAAUUGUAUUUUAUUGGGAUUUAUAGCGAUACACCACCACAAAGUGGCAUGUAUUUCAGUAACGUGGAAAAAAGGAUACAUGGUUUUCAACCUGUGAUACGACUAUUUGUGUUCGUCUUAAUGUUCCACUUGACGGUGAACCUCCAUCUCAUCCAAGAGUCGAACAGACUGCCUUCUACUUCACUUCCUACUCCACACCAUAUGGUAUGUUACUGCCACCACAACGUUAAGUGUGUUAAGAGUUUUAUUUUUCAGCACAGAUAAUGCUUAAAAUAUUAACCAAGCAGUUCCGUUUGGUCUCAUUUUAGAAGAGCACUUUUUUUUUCUGCAUAGCUACUUCUUUUUAUCACGUGGAUGCUCACAGUUGUCUUGAUAAUUGAUUUUCCCACUUGAGGUAUACAUUUUCUUUUUGAAGACUUUUGAUAUCAGCUGGUUGAACUGGAGUUUAAUUAGGGGUAUUGGUGUAAAACAGGCAUGUCAACAUUCAGUCCUCGAGGGCCGGUGUCCUGCAACUUUUAGAUGUGCCUCUGCUGCACCACACCUGAAUAGAAUAAUAGGUCAUUAGCAAGGCUUUGGCAAACAAGGAGGAGGUAAUUAAGCCAUUUCAUUCCAAUGUUUGUACCUGUGGCACAUCUAAAACCUGCAGGACACCGGCCCUCGAGGACUGCAGUUUGACACCCAUGGUGUAAAAGAAGCUGAAUCCAUAUGCUUUCCAGUCCAUUUGUGUAAAAUAAUCUGUAGAAUGUUUGUCAUUUAUAUUAAAUCCCAAUAAAAUACAUUCAGAUUUGGGGUUGUGGUGUGACAAAAUCCAAAAUAGUUGGAGGGGUUGAUUCAACUUGCAAGGCAAAGUGUAGAAAGAAGCUUAAAAGACAUUUAAAAAUUGUGCAAGACUUCUAGAAGCGGUUAGACUGAAACUAGAUAAGCAAGGCGUGUAAUAUCUGAAACUUAUCUUCUUAGAACUUGCUAAAAAAAAAGGUAUUAGUUGAAGAUUCUAAAAAAAACACAAUUUAGAAGUGACAAAGUGAAUAAGAAGCAUCAUGCAUUUGUUUGAAGCUCUUACUUUUUUAUGACAACUUCCUCCUAAAUAUACUUUGCACUCAUUACUGUGAGUAUUUUUAACUUUUUGCAGCACUUCCAUCAAGCAGACAGAUCAUGAGCUCACCCGAGACAAUGUGCACUCGCUCUCAGACUAUUGUCAGCUAAGUACUGAAAAGUCACAGACGAGUCCAUGUGAAAGAAUCACUGAGGCCUUUGUUCCCUUUGUGCUGUUGUUCUUGUCUAUGUUUGGCUGUGGUUCUGACAUUAGCGCUGACUCUCUUGUUAUUUGAUUCUAAAUGAAGAAAUUGUUUUGAUUAUUUUUAACAUCAAAGCUCUUUUUUUUAACAAAAUGUGUCAUUAUUUAAGAAAAUCGUUUGGCAGGUCCCCUUUGUGCUGUAUGUCUGGAAUCUUUGUCAGUGAAAGGAUGAAUGAGUCAAAGUCGUACAAAUAACUGUAAUGGAGCCCUCAACAAAAAGACCCUGCGUAUGACAGUGAGAGGACCAAAGUGCUGUUAACUUAUAGGAAACCUUCACACUCUCCUCUGUGUGCUCCCUCCAUUAAAGGUGGCCAUGUUUGCCUUUUCUGGCCAUGUCAUGCACCACCCCACCACCACCACACACAGGAAAUGGAUGGCUGUAAUGGGUGCAUGCUAAAUGGAACAUCCUGUGGGUGAUUUGAGUGUGUUUACUCCUAGACCUGACAUGUUGACGCCUCUAUUGUCUCCAUCACUCUGUUGAAAAAUUAAUAUCAAAAAACAGAACGCUGAGGUUCUCCUUUCAGCUGUGUCCAGACGAAGUGCUGCAGGGCAUAAUGAAAAGCGGCUGUGAUAGUAGAGUGGUUUUAUUAGUGCUGUAAAUUUUGUCCCAAGUAAUGCAACUGCUUUUCCAAUAACUAGGUGGGGUUUUUUUGUGGAAGGUUAAUUCAAAUUAAAAAGUGAACCUCAUAUCAUAUGAACCAUUAUGCACAGAAUGGUAUAUUUCAAGCAUUCACUUCUAUUCAUUUAGAUGAUUACUGCUAUUUUCCAGAUGACGACAGAGUGCUAUAUGUAAGCAUAUUGAUUAAAAGUUCAGUGGAAGGAAACUGUGUGGUUAAAAAAGGUGCCAAGGCAGAGUAAAAAGGUUGCUUGAGGUCCAGUGAACUACACACAGUCAGGACUUGAAAGUAGUACUGGGUUUGAUGACCAAGGCAUCAUUGUUCUCACCUGCAAACUCUUCUGACCCCAAACCACAUAGAAAAUCUUUAGGAUAUUGUGAAGAACAAGGUGAGAAACAUCAAACAUUAGAAAUAAGCUAAAAGCUGCUUUUGAUCAACCUGGGUCCUCUGGACAUCUUGGCAGAACCGCUGAAUGGUGAUUCCUUUUAAGGUAGUCUCUGAUGCAGAAACAAUUUUUUUUGUUGUCAUUGGCUUUAGGUCCUAAUCAUCAAAAUUAACAGAAACAAAACUUGAAAUAUGCCACUGUAAUGACUAUGUGAAACAUUUGUGUUCCCUUUUUUAAUUGAAUUGCACACCCAAAUAAACUUUUCAGUAGUACUCUAAUUUAUUCAAACUGAACCUGCAGAUGCAUAAUUAAUGUUGAAUAAAACAAACUGGUUCAUCA